AUUUGACCUUUUUGAUUACUUAAUUGAAAGAAUUCAAUAAGGAAUAUUAAAAUAACAAAUUGGAUCACUGUGCGCUUGUCUACCCUAUCGGACUUUGUCAUAACGUUUAUUGUUCUGGGCAAUUUUUAUGUGAGUGAUUGCAUUUGAAUAGAGAUCAGUGAAGCUUCCAGUCAUUAAAUAAUCAAGAAUGACUUUCACACCAGCCUGUGUCGAGGAAGAAUACAAGAAGGACCCGAAACUGAAGAAGGAGGAUGUAAAAAAAUUGAUGGAAUGGAUUGAUAUGCAGGCGCAUCUUCCCAAAGUAACAGAACUUCAAGUUAUCCUGUUCCUACACAGCUGCAUGUAUAGCAAUGAGCAAGCCAAAAUUACAAUAGACAAUUAUUUCACAGUCAAAACGUUAUGUGAAGAUAUUUUUGGAAAUAGAAAUGAUCUAUCGGUUUUGGACUCCCAAGAAAUAGGGCUGAUGACAGUGCUCCCAAAAAAGACCCCUGAGGGAUACAUAGUAAUAUUAAUGAAACUCAUUGAUUGCGAUCCAGAUAAAUUUGUCUUUGCCCAUCAGAUAAGAAAUUUCGAUAUGAAUGUUAUAAGACAUCUUAACACUCAGGGAACAAGUGAAGGAGUUGUCAUUGUGGUCGACAUGGAUGGAAUGGUUUUUGGUCAUUUAACAAAAUUAAACAUUAUUGUUAUGAAAAAGUUUAUGUUUUAUCUGCAGGAAGCCAUGCCAAUAAGAAUAAGGGGACUACAUUACAUUAACGUGGUAUCAUUUAUGGACAAGGUUAUGGCUUUGAUAAAACCUUUCAUGAAUAAAGAACUAUUGAGCAUGUUUUGUUUGCACAGUGAUCUUGUUGAAUUCUACAAAACAGUACCCAUAGAAUGUAUGCCAAAAGAAUACGGGGGUGAAAAUGAAACAAUACAGUCUCUUAAAGAAAAAGAAAGGAAAAGUUACCUCGAAAACAAAGAUUUUUACAACUUUGAAGAUAGCCAGAAGGUUGACGAGAAAAAAAGAGCUGGAAAACCAAAAAACGCCAGUGACUUUUUUGGUGUGGAGGGAACAUUCAAAAAGCUUGAAGUUGAUUAAAUUUAUAUAUAUGUUUUUACUUAAAAUAAAUUUUUG